AUGGCUUCCGGACACCAAUCAGCGUUCUCUGCGUCCACCCAGCACCGCGCCUUGGGUGACGGGCGGUCUUCUAUGAGCCACGAUGCCGGUUCAGAGAACGGCAGCUGGAAUGAUGCAGUCCCCAGGUCGGGGCGGAAUGGACGGUCUGGAUCAGGUGGUAGCGCUACUACCGGAACCCGAGGGCCUUCGUCGCUGGCCCCGUCGUUUGGCGGACCCGGUAGCUUCAGCGCGGAGCUCAAGAGCAUGACCUCACGGAGUACGACACCACGAGCCGAUGGAACCUAUACACGACGAGCCAGUAAAUCGAUAGGCGAGGAAGACCUCAAUACUACAGAAGAGCGCGUGGCUUUUCUUCGAGGAAAGAUCGCCAAGGAAACAAAGAUCAAGACCGGAACAGAGAAUAUGCUCGAGGCACUGCUGGCAAAGCCUCCGAAGCAAACGAAAGAACAGCGCCUAAAGGUAGAAUCCGAGCUGAGCACAUCGAAUCGCAAACUGGCCGAGUUACAACACGAGCUUGAAGAAGAGCUGCUGCGCGCGCAGGCGCCGGCCACAACUCCCCCACGCAGUCGACUUUCCAGCCUUUUUCGAGGGAGUCCCAUGCGCUCACCCUCCCGCAAUCAUGCCGGUGGAGGAUCACUGGACGGAUACCAAGAAGCUGACGAAGAUGGAAACAUGGAAUCCCCGACAUAUGUGCUGUCCGAGACACUUCAGGCAUUAGAGAUCGAGGGGAUGUCGCCCGACUUCUAUGUGGAGCGCGCGAACAAUCUGGUCGAGUUAUUUAAACGGCAUCCGGCCCUCAAGUAUGACCUUGCAUGGCCUGUAUUUGGCUUGCGUGUUCAGAUCAUGCUCCUCAGUGACAGCAAAGAAGUGGUUGCCGCGGGCUACCGGCUGACUCGCUAUGCCAUAGCAGAUCGGAAGUCCAUUCAAACCAUUCGUGCGCUGCACACAGAUGAACUUGUCAUCUUAUCUCUCGUCAAAGAGAGCAAAUCCAGCAUUGAAAGAGAACAGGCUCUGAAGUUCGUGCGAGCCUUCCUUGAUGUCAAAGAUGGUGUGAAGGAGAUAUCGCGUGCUGUGGUUCGCACAAUCGUCUCCGUGGCGGAGCACAAUGAGGAUCGGCUACGGAACAUAUCCAUUAUGACCCUAGCGGAAAUGUUGAUCAAAGAUCCAGAACUCGUUGCCUCUUCCGGUGGCUUCUCUGCUUUGCACGAUGCCUUGGCAGAAGGCACAUUUGGUGCCUCGGAGAGUUUGAUCUCUAGCUUUUUGCAUAUCCUCGACACCCCACGCAGCCGGAAAUAUCUGCAAGGAGGCGAACUAGAAGCUGUUUUGACGCCUUUCACCGAUUCUUUAGCAGACUCUCUUCGCAACGGCCGGUUAAAAUCUGCUGCUCGCGCGAUCUCCGCCAUGCUCAAGACGUGGCCCGGCCUUGUGAUUCUCGCUAGGAACAAUGCCAAACCAUUGCAUUCCCUCUUAGAGUCAUUGCAUUAUCCUGACCCUCAGGCCCGUGAUCUUAUCAUGGAACUGUUAUUCGAUGCGCUGCGAAUAAAACCCCCGUCGUGGUCGUCCUCUUUUCUCGCUGGCAGGCGACUCACAACAUAUGGCAGGGUUUCCAAUCUACGUUCUGAUACCGAAUCGAGACACACGCCUUCAUUCACCGAGAAUACCAGCAACAAAUUCGAUCUGACGGCGCAUUUUUCAACCCUUAUCCUGGCGGCUUUGAUCGAGGCUGGUCUGCCCAAAGCCCUUUCGGAUCUGAUCGAAGAUGAGACAGAUCCCUCGCUCCGACGGAAAGCCACUCUUCUCCUGACUGAAGUGCUAAAACUUGCUCAUCACUCCCUACCAUCGGCAACCAGUGCCAAACUCCAAGUCCUUCCAAACCUGAUUCCCCCCGCAAUCCAAUUCGACACCGACAACCAUGACGUUUCAACGUCGACUAUUUUCCAGAUUGAAAGUAUCAAUCGGACGUUGGCUCGCUCCGGGGCCUAUUCAGGCUCAGGUCGUUACAAUAUGGACGUUGAUUUCACGGCCUCUUUGCUGCCGGGUGAGCAAUCAAAGGACAAGUUGAGCCCGACGAUGGAUGAACAAACAUUCCGAAAUGCCAUUAUGGAAACUCACGUGUUAAACACUUCCAAUUACAUCAAAUGGAAGUGGGAUCUUAUUCACCGUCUCGUCGAGGGUCCGCUCACGAACCCUAAGCGCAUGGAUGAGGCCAUCAAAGGCUCUAAAUUUAUGAAGCGACUCAUUGGGUUCUACAGACCAUUCAAAUACCGCUUCGCUCUUGUCCCAAACACAAAACCAAAUCAGCGCUACGUUCGGACAGGUUGCGCCUUGAUGCGAACCCUUGUUCAGACUUCCGAGGGCACGAAGUACCUCGCCGAGAACAAGUUUCUCCGGCAGGUUGCCGAAUGCUUGGCACAAUUGGAUCGAAUGAGUGGGUUGACUUCUGCGUCGCCACUCUUCUCGCGAGAGCAAAUGACCAACACAAUGAGUGGAGGUUAUUUUGCAAUGCUAGGGACGUUGAGUGGUGACGUGAAGGGGCUUCUCAUGAUGGAGAGAUGGCAUAUGCUCAAUAUGUUCUAUCACAUUAUCGAGUUGCAAGGACGCAAUGAUCUCAUCCAAACCCUUCUAGGCAACAUGGACUACAGCCGAGAUAGUCACCUGCGCGUCAUGCUUUCCAAAGCCCUCACAAUUGGAUCCAAAGAAAUCCGCAUAUUUGCAACCAAGCUUCUUCGCAAGUAUGCCGUCGGCGGUGAUAAUGUGCCAACGCACGUGGCAAUUGGAAAUGCGGAAUGGGUUGUUAAGCUUCUUGUGACUCAGCUAUACGACCCGGACGUCACUGUUUGCCAGAUUGCUGUGAAGAUCCUCGAAGAAGCGUGCAACCAGCGUGAUUAUCUCGAGUACGUGGUCAAGUGUCGACCUUCUCUUGACCAUUUGGGUGAGAUUGGUGCGCCACUGCUCCUACGCUUCUUGUCAACUUCGGUUGGCUACCAUUAUCUGGACGGUCUGGACUACAUCACGCAAGAAAUGGAUGACUGGUUCCUCGGUCGAAACGACUCAUAUGUGGCCCUCGUGGAAGCAGCAUUGUCAAGGGCCUACGUUGAUCAACCACGACGCAGUAGCUAUGCACCCGAAGACCUGGUUGACAUGCAAGAUGUGGGUGUCGUGCCUCCACACUUUUACCGAGAGCUUGCCCGAACUGCUGAAGGCUGCAAGCUUCUCGAGCAAUCUGGCCAUUUUAGCGAAUUCGCAUGGACAAUCCGAGAUUUCAGACUCGAGGAAGAGGAUUACGAAGUACUCCUUAAGGUUAAGGGAUGUCUCUGGGCCGUAGGCAAUGUCGGGUCAAUGGAGCUUGGCGCUCCGUUCCUUGAACCAGAGAUUGUACAACGCAUUGUAACGAUAGCUGAGAGCGCAGGUGUUUUGACGAUGCGAGGCACUGCUUUCUUCGUCUUAGGGCUCAUCUCCCGCAGCAAGCACGGGUUACAGGUAUUGCGAGGUUUUGGAUGGGACUCUGCCAUUGACCAAAAUGGGCAAUAUCUAGGCUUUUGCCUACCGACAGACCAUCGCAAACUAUUCCUAAUCUCGUUCCCCGGUUAUAAUUCGGAUGCCGCCAAACGUACAUCCCAAAACAAACUCAAGGAGGCAACGACAGACCCGGACGUAACCAACCAAAAGAUUCUGAAGUUGAUUGUCGAUAUGGGUAACACGGUGCUUUCGAAGCGAGCAGCCACAGACCUGCAUAGCAUCAAAUCCAAACAACCUGAAAGAUUCCAUCAGGUUCAUCUUUUCCGCAAAACCCUCUGUAUCCUCGAGAGUCAUCAUUUCCGACUCCCAGCUCGGCGGUUUGCGAUUGAUUUGUUCGACAAGACCGUCAUGCGCCGAAUCGUUCUUGACGAAGAUUCUUCUGGAACGGAUUCUGAUUCGUCUUCAUAG